AUGGGUAACACAGAUAGUCUCCCUGUUAUUUCACAAGCAAAAAGUGUUGUCCAGUUAAUUGCUGGUAAUAGUGAGGGUGCAGCAAGGACCCAUAAAAAUUUUGUUAAAGGCUGUCCUGUAUUAUUGCAAGCUGUUGCUUUCGGUGCACUGACGCAAGGCAAAAUCGGGUUUGCAAAAGAAUCGCAGAUAUACUUUCUUAAAAAUAUGUCAAACGUUGCUGAUUCAAUACCAGUAGUUGGUCAUGCGAAAGGUUUAAUUCACUACUAUAUACUUGGCGAUAUGGAAGGCUGCAAUGAAGCUAUAAAAUCGGCAUCGCGAUCUGUUGGCGUUGCGGCCGGAGGAAUUAGAGGAUUUACGGCGGGUGGCCCCAUUAGCGGUUAUGCGGGAGGUGAGCUUGGUGGUAUCGCUGCCGAUAUUGUGAUCUCUGUCGCUGAUACAAUUGUGCAUCGUGAAUUCCGACUAUGUGGUCAUAUUCAAUCACUGAGAAGAAUAGUUGACGGCAAAAUGGAAGCGGGUGAAGGAUUUGACUGGGCCUUAACUCCAGUUUUCGAUGGUCUCGCGGGCAGGUCAUAUGCC